UCAAAUCCCACCCGCUUGAUCCCCGCACUUCACAUGUACGUGCAUGCCAAGGCGUUCACCGGACGCAGGAAGCAAAAUCUUAUUUGACGAAGCUGCAUGCAUAUAUGCACGCCAUUUACUAUUAUGCUUCUCAAAUCAAUAAUUCGUAGGGUUGAAUACGCCUUGCGCAUGCAGCCUCGCCUAUGAGACUAUGUUCCCCUACACCUUACAUUUGUUCUCGCAGGAGAUGGCAGAAGUUUCUCGAACUAGGUGCUCUCACUUGACACAAUACCUCUUAGGCCCCCUUCCCAGAUCAUGUUGGAGCUCAAGUUCGAACGAAGGUGUCUCGAGGUAUAACAUAUCGUCUUGGCUGAGCUCACUCUGGGUAACCUUUAUCGUCGCCGUUAAUGGCUCUUGAGGUUGUUGCAAUAGGGGCUUCUGCCUACACUAUACUUGAGGGCCUGAAAUGGUGCGUACAUGAAAUGGGCCUCUUCGCAAACGCAUCUCGCAACGGCCGACGCGAAUUGCGUAUGCUAGAGUGGGAGAUUGACCUCUUGACCCGAUGCUAUGAGAGAGCUCACAUCACAGCUCGCCGAGAGAACAACAAGCGGCAAAACCCGAAAAGAAAGAGUAGAGAGGAAAUAUUGAUGGACAAAUUUGCGCGGACGUGCGAGAAAGCUGUGAGGCAAUUUUUGAAGAAAGUUGCGGAAGCGAGUUGGUUCACCAUGAUGUGGUAUAGAAGCAGGAGUGCAAUUAUGGACCUUGUACAGCUUCUUGCGAGGACCAAGUCUUCUUUCGGCAUGUAUUCGGAUGUAUGCAGGAUAAGUGACUUGGAGGAACGAAUCAGAAAUUUGGAGAUCGAGAAUGAAAAGCUGAAAUCCAAGGGCAUCGAGUCUGACCUUAUCCAUAAAUUAAACGGUCUCAUACUUGUCAGCAAGGAGGAUCUUAUGGCCGUACGGACCGACCUGAAGCACAAAUACCAACACAUCCACGACGUGCAUCCCUCUCAGAAGAAGAUAGAAAGCGGGACUAGCGCAACAACCAAGGCAGAGGAACAGUUCUUGGCCCGUGUUAUCACACCCAAGAUUGAGAUGAGCUCCCCAAGUACACAGGCAGCACUAGGCCUUCCUCGAGCUUCAAGAUCGUCGAAGUCAAGGGCAUCUCGGCCACCUGAUCCGCCCGUACCGACACUUCCUAAAGCGCCGACAUUUCCGGCACCCAACAACUAUAGCAGUAGUGCCUCGGGCAGCAGGCCUGGUCGUAGAUUGAGACCUCAAACGAUGGAUCACAAACCGUGUUCUACCAACGUCCAUGCUCCGGUUGAAACGCGCACAAAGGCUCCGGAGGAGUCUGCCAGCCAUAUAUCCGUAUCAUCAAGUCGUAAAGCACAGAGUGUCAGGCGGCGUCCCAGUGUCGCUAUUAGAUUAAGAGAGACAGAGCCUCACUCUCUAGCAGUUACAGUUGUGGAGCAUCGAAGAACGUCUGAUGAGCUACUGAAAGAGGAAGAUGUUGCCAUUGAAGCUCGUCAAACGAAUAGAAACAAUGCCGAGACUGAUAGAUUUGCACUCCCCGUAUCAGAGGAAUGUGAAAUAUCAAAGGACACAGGUAGAGUUACGGCGGAUCUAUCAAUUGUUGCUGACUCUCUCUCGGAGAUCAAGCAACCCGAACUUGCCGAUAUUGCGAGUGCCAUGCGCCAGAACAUGGUCGACACAGCUGCCCUGGAGGAAACUGGUUCAAUCAAAGACAGUUCACGCAUGUCCAGCGGCAGAACAGAGCGUUCAAGAAUACCAAAUGAUGUUCCACCGGUCUUGCCCGCCGAGUCGCGUGGCCACGACACUUCAAACGAAGAUCUCACAUCAAACAUGAAAGACAAACGGCGUUCAUACAUUCCGGCAGACUCAAGCGAGUCGUACUACGAGAUCCACGCACCCUUCAUAGACCGGGACCUGGACGAUAUCGAAAGCUCUCACGUGUCAGGAUCAUCCUAUCGAAGCGUGGCCUCAUCCGCAUAUGGCUCCAUCUGCUCCAGGCAAUCUCAAAUGUCAGCAGAAGCAGAAGAACUAAAACGCCAAUUGGAGAAGAAGGACCAGGAAUAUACCGAGCAGCAUUUUCGAAAGCUUCGCCGCAAGUCCGGGAGAGAUAUGAGGCUGUCAAAAGGCGAGCGAAAGUCACCUAGAGCGGGAGACGAAACAGAAAUAAGCAGGGACCAGCAUCGAGGGAGUCGUCGGCUCGAGAGAGGGGUUGAUCUGGGAAUUGAUAUAGGUGGGGGCAAGCACAGAUACACCGCGUCAGAGUGAUGGGAGCAAGUUAUACGAUAGCUGAACUCUCCUCAAAAGAGCCCCUCGAGUUUAUGAUAUAGGCAAACACAUCAAGAACACACUCCUGUCGAGCACAAUAUUGGAUCUUUUGGGC